AUGAAUAGCGCGAGAAAUAAUCAAGUUUUCAGUAAUCAGGUAGGCAAUGAAGGUGGUACUAGUAGCAUUGAGGAUAUUGUGACAAAGUUGAAUGAUGAAAUUCUUGAGAAGAUGCAUUACCUUCAUGCAACAUUGACAGAGACCCUAAGGCUAUACCCUACAGUCCUAGUGGAUGGGAGGAUUGCAGAAAAAGAUGGCAUUCUUCCUGAUGGUUUUAGACUGAAGAAAGGGGAUGUUAUCUACUAUAUGUCCUAUGCAAUGGGCAAGUUGUCUGACAUUUGGGGAGAUGAUGCCCACAAUUUUCGACCCGAGAGAUGGCUCAACAACGGGUUUUUCCAAUCCGAGUCACCAUUCAAGUUUAUAGCAUUCCAUGUAUGUGAUAUCAUUUACCCAUUCAUCUUCUAG